AUGAGAACGAUACCAGAAGAGUUAAUACAAUACAGGUUACCACGCGGUUACAUACCAGAUAAAGAUCAAAUUAGCAGAAUAGUAGCCCAGGAUCAGUUUAUUAUUGAUCUGAUCACCACUUCGCUUCUGAGAGUUCCUUCAGGCACUUAUAAGGCUGGCGACAAUAUGUUUAUCGAUGGCACAGAGUGUGAAGCUCUUUAUAUACCUCAUUCAUCAGAUCUUGUAGACUUACCUCCUGUAGUAGCAGAAAUACAACACACAGUGACACGCGAGUUUAUGUGUCGAGCCGUCCAGUACUGCCUGAAUGUGUAA